AUUGUUUUACAUUAAGAGGAAACGAGUGAACAGCAUGAUGCUCUAAAAAUUGACCGUGUCUAUCAACAUGUUUUUAUUAAAAGUGAAUUUUAUCGAUAGAUAAUUAGAUGGAUGAGUUAUUUUUAAAGACAUGCCAUUGUUCUUGGCUAAUGCAAUAUUUUCAAAUAUGAAGAUUUUAGCCUUAUUUCUGCUCUUUGGAAUAGCCACAGCUUCCUUACAAGAGGAGCUGGAUGACACCGUAAAUGAAUACAUUCUAGACGCAUUAGAAGGUAUUGAAGAAGUGGCAUCGAUAGAGCAUCAUGUUGUUUCGGAGGAUCGUCAAGCUGACGAGAAUGUUAAUGACCUGACGAAAUUAAGACUGAAGUUUGGGAAACAAUUAAAGGAAGUUCUGAAUAAAAUUUUCGAGAAUCUUAAAACUGCCGUAGAGGAGGGAAAGUUCUUGGAUCAAGAUACUUUGAAUAAGCUUCAAGAAAUUGCAGCUUAUUUUAAAGGAAAGAAAGACGAAAUUAGUGAAGAAAUAAAGGAACUUCUUAAAAAAAUUAGAGACAAAUCCAUGGAAUAUCUGAAAGAUCAUAUUGAUAGGCUUUCACAAACUAAGAGAUAUAUCGACGAUCAAGUAGAAGAAUCAUUUGCAGAACUUAAUAUUCGGGAGGUGCUUUUGAAAAUAAAAGAACAUCUUAAAAACAAUGUUGAUCCUGAACUUUUGAAAGAAAAAUUGGAGAAGAUUUUCAAUCAAGGCUCUGAGUUACUGAGGCAUUUCUUACAACUGAUCAAAGAGAAGGCGAAGAAAAAGAUGCUUAUCUUGAUUGAUGCACUUUUAGAUGAGGAUGACGAUGAAGAAAGUGAUAGACCUCUUCGUGGAAUCAAGGACUAUUGGGAGAAAGUAAAGGAUUACUUUAAAGACCUGAAGAUUGACCUUCAGGAAAAAUACAUGAAAUUCGGAGAAUGGGUAAAGGAGCAUUUUAAUAAAGGAAUGGAGGCCUCAAAGGACAGAAUGGAGAAUAUCAAAGCUAUAGCCAAGGAGUUUGCAAAGCACGCCAAAGGAAUUAGCAAAGAGGUUGCAAAUGAAGCCGGAGAAUUCUUCAAACAAUACAAAGAAGAACUUGGCAAUAUUUGGGAAGAAAUCAAAGAAAGAAUUCAAGAAAUAAAAAACAGAAAAGAUUAAAUAAGAUAUUAAUUUUAUUUAAAUAAAGAUAUCAUCUUUUAA